AUCUGGUUAAUGUUUAAGAGAUUUUACUCAGAUGCGACACUAAAACUCUAUGAGAUGAAACGCUGAGAGACGCCCUGACGUAUUAGAUGUCCUGUGGAACACCAUGAAGGCAAUGACCACAAGUGGAAAAACUAGAGCACCACAGUGUCAUCACUAAGAGCAGACAUCCAUCUAUAUCUGAUGAAAGGACACAAAGACAACUAAUCAGGGAGGCUGCUGAUGGACCUACAAUGACAGUAAAACACCUGUAAAACAUCUGGUGAUAAAAUGUGGAGAAAGAUCCAGUGCUAUAUGACCCUUGCCCUUUUGCUGAUGGUGGCCUUGGCCGAUCACCAUGAAGGCCAUGAUCAUGGAGAACAUUCAGCAGAUCAUCAUCGCCAUCUCCACCACGGCAAGAAUGAACCCCACCCCAGUUAUGAUGGAAAAGAUGAAUCGUGCGACAAAGUCUCAUCACACAAUGCUGACUUUGCCUUUGCACUGUACAAUAAGCUCUCCAGCCAUCCUGAUGCCAAAGGGAAGAACAUCUUUUUCUCACCAUUGAGCAUCUCCAUGGCUCUCUCCAUGUUGGCUCUGGGAGCCAAGGGUGAGACCCACUCACAAAUAUUUAAUGCUCUGGGCUACAGUUCCCUCACAGAGGAUCAGGUCAAUGAAGCCUAUGAACAUCUACUGCACAUGGUGGACCACAGCCAGGAGGCUAUGCUGCUUGAGGCAGGAGGUAAUCUGGCUGUUCGAGAAGGCUUCAAACCUGUCAACAAGUUUCUAAAGGAUCUUCAGCAUUUCUACCAUGGAGAGGCCUUAACCGUGGACUUUUCCAACCCUGAAGUUGCUGUUCAAGAGGUCAACAAUUUCAUUGCCAAGAAGACCAAGGACAUCAUCACUGACAUGAUCAAGAGCCUAGAUGAAGAUACCAUCAUGGUGCUUAUCAACUACAUCUAUUUCAGAGGUAAAUGGGAGAAGAACUUUGACAUAAAGCACACUCACAAAGCCGACUUCCAUGUGGAUGAAAACACCAAGGUGACUGUGGACAUGAUGAAGAGAACCGGACGCUAUGACUUCUAUGAGGACAGGGACAACUUCACUUUAGUUAUCAAGGUGCCCUACAAAGGCAACACCUCCAUGUUGAUUGUUCUGCCAAAUGAGGGAAAACUGGAUGAGGUGGAGAAACACCUCAGCAAAGAGAGUCUUAAGUACUGGCAAGACAAAUUCUUCAAAAGGAAUGUCAGACUUUUUUUGCCCAAGUUCUCAAUAUCUUCCUUCUUCUCACUGGGGGACACUCUGACAGAAAUGGGUAUCAUUGAUGCAUUUUCCAACAACGCAAACUUCACAGGAAUGAGUGAAGCCAAACUGAAGGCUUCCAAGGUUCUCCACCAGGCAAUCCUGAAGGUCGAUGAGAAAGGAACUGAAGCAUCUGCUGCCACCACCAUUGAGAUCAUGCCUCAUUCUUUACCAAACACCAUGAACCUCAACAGACCAUUCCUGGUCUUCAUAGUCGAGGAAAGCACCAGGAGCAUUGUGUUCAUGGGCAAGAUCACCAACCCUACUGAGCAUUAACAGUCAGAUCAAAUCCCUCUGAAACAAUAAAUCUCAAUGUAAAAGAUUAACAAAUCCUGAAUCAUUUUUUGUAUGUUCUUAGACUUUUUUAGUCAUAUUUCAAAUUUAAAAUCAGCUACAAAUAGAGAGAUAAUUAUUUUAAGUGUUUUGUAGCUGUAGUCAUAACCCUAUCAUAAGUAGUCUUUAAGAUUAAUGUUAAAGCUGAAACUAUGGAUUUGGUUACAAGACCUGGACUGUUAUAAUCAACCAAUUAAAUCACUAGAAUAAAUAAAUUACUUAAAAAAUAUCACUAGUUGUGUUGGUGGAAAAAGCCAAAGUUAAAAUCUAAUUCUUUUCCACCU